CUCAAGGUAGUACCUCGGGGAGCAAUAAUACAAGGACUAAAUGAACUUUAUGAGAGUUGAAACUCUUGCCUCAUCCUCCAAUGUGGAAGCCAUUCUAUAUAAGCGAGUCCUCUGAGGUUGCAGAUCUUCUUUAAUCUGCAGAUACAAAAGGCAACAAAACACGUCAUUCAUUCUUUGUCUUGCACUCUUCUUUGAGGGUGCUCAGGAGGGCAACAGAGUGAAGAUGAUGUAUGACACGAUACUCUCCAGGAGCUUUAGCAGAAGUGACCAGAAAAAGUUGGGUUAUGGAGCAAUCUUUUUUUGCUUACUCAUUUUGGCCAGCAUUUUCACUGCUCUCAAGUCUCACCUGGGGGCUCUACCAGCUCUGACUUUGAGGUUGACAACUGUUGAUGAUCAUAAGAUGCUUUUGAUUGAAGAGAAAAGUGCAUCUCAGGAGCAAGAAGUUAUUACAGUCCAGAAAAAUUUCACGAGGGAGAUGGAGCCUCUUUGCAACGUCAUGGAUCCAAGGUCAGAUUACUGUUCGAUCACCGGGGAUGUUAGAGUUCAAGGAAGCUCCUCCACUGUUUUCGUUGCGCCCUCCGAAAUACUCACCGGCAAUGACUCGUGGACCAUAAGGCCUUAUGCACGAAAAGGCGACGAAACGGCAAUGGGUCCAAUCAGGAAAUGGUCGAUCUUACCGUCGGCCGUGGCCCGUCAACCUAUCCCCAUUUGCACCGAACACCACAGCGUUCCGGGAGUCAUUUUCUCAACAGGAGGAUAUGCAGGGAACAAUUUUCAUGCAUUCACCGACAUCAUCAUUCCGCUCUUUACGACUACUCGGCAUUUUGGAGGAGAAGUCAAGCUCCUAGUAACAAAUAAAAAUCCUCGGUGGCUUCAGAAGUUCCGCGCCAUACUAGAAAAUCUGUCGAAGUAUGAAAUUAUCGACAUUGACAGUGCAGGGGAGAACAUCCAUUGCUUCCCAAGAGUGAUUGUGGGGCUAAAGCAUCACAAGGAGAUGACAAUUGAUCCUUCGAGAUCUCCCCACUCCAUAAGCGACUUCAGGGCCUUCCUCAGGAGCGCCUACUCGCUAAAGAAGGAGAACGCAAUCAAAUUACAGGACGGCAAGCUCAAAAGACGGCCUCGCCUCUUGAUCGUGUCGAGAAAGCGGUCACGCUCCUUCACCAACCUUGCCGAAAUCACGAGCAUGGCUGAGACGUUGGGGUACGAAGUGGUUGCUUCCGAGUUGGACUCCAACAUGUCGAGAACCCCAGUGAUCAUGAAUUCCUGCGACGUGAUGAUGGGAGUUCACGGAGCUGGCCUAACGAACCUGGUUUUCCUCCCAGAAAACGCGGUCCUCAUUCAGAUACUCCCUAUUGGAAAAUUCGAAUGGCAUGCCAAGGAUUGCUUUGGUGAUCCUGCAAGGCAUAUGAACAUCAAGUAUUUGGAGUACAACAUAAAGGAGAAGGAGAGCAGUCUCAUACAGGAGUUCCCACUUGACCAUGUGGUUUUCAAGGACCCAGUCGCAUAUCAUAAGCAUAAUUGGAAUUUGUUCAAGUCAAGGUACUUGGAAAAGCAGAAUGUAGAGCUUGAUGUGAAUAGGUUCAGACAGACAUUGGUUAAAGCCAUGGAGCUUUUGCAUUGAGUGAACAUAUUUUUUAUUGUCCAUUAAUAGAAGAGGUUGCUUCUUUUUCUUGUUAGGCGCAAGAAGAAGACGUUAGUGUUCAUAAUUUU